AAUAACCUACUUAAUUUUUUGUACCUUGUCAAGAAAGUUAAUAUUUGUUAUAAGUAAUAUUUUUAUUAUUUUCCCUUUAAUAAUUGUUACUAAAGUAAUUUAUUAAAAGCAUGUGUUUAUAUAUAUUUAUCUAAGUUAUGUAUUUUGUCAUUACUAUUCGAUACAAUUAAAAAUGGCUCACAUGCAAUAUAUUCCCGGUGAUCCUCGUAUGGUUGACCAAUUGGUGUACGAGCUGAAGUCCAGGGGGAUAUUUGAUCAAUUUCGUAAAGACUGCAUUGCUGAUGUUGACACAAGACCAGCGUACCAGAAUUUGCGUCAACGUGUUGAAAAUUCAGUUGCCACUUUUCUGUCUCGACAAUGCUGGACACCGGAUUUGAAUAAAAAUCAACUUAGAGAAAAACUUAGGAAACACAUACUUGAUGGAAAUUAUUUGGAGCAGGGUGUGGAAAGAAUUGUGGAUCAGGUAGUAAAUCCCAAAGUGGCAUCAGUUUUCAUACCUCAAGUAGAAGAUCUUGUAUAUGACUUCUUAGGCAUAACUCGUAAGAAAAAAGAUGUACCUGUCGCAGAAACAUCUAAUUUAAAGGCCAAUAAUAAUGACCUUCUCCCUACAGAUUUAGAAGCCGUUAGUCCCGGUUCGGUUAAAAGUAAUGAUGAUAAAACUGAACAAAUGGAUAUUGACGAAAUAAAAGAUGAAAACAAAAUUACUAUAGAUCAGGAACAUAAAUCGUGUAUCAAAGAAGAUAGCUCGGUCGGUUUAGAAUUACCUGAGAAAGAGAAGCUUGAUGGUCAAGAUACUCAAAUGUCUGGAAUAAGCGAAUUAACAUCGAAUGAGUCUGAUGUUAGUAUAGAUAAGUCUUCAAUACCUUUACCUAAUGAUGAAAUAAAGCCUGAAGACAUACCGAGACCUACUGAUAGCCCUCCUAAAGUGGCUAAAGUAGAAUUAGACAGCAUAGAAUUGCCAAAAGAACCUUAUUUAUCAACAGAUAUACCAUUACCAGAUGAAAUACAUACGUCCGACAAAGAUCACUAUUUUAAACCAGUAAAUGUAAAUAGUGAAGAUGAAUCCAGCUCUGAUUCAUCACUUAGAAGAAAUAUGUCUCCUUUAACACCAAUUCGCAAUUUCAAUAAUGAAAAUUCCUGUGAUGCUCAACAAGCAUUUGAGAAUGAUUCAGUAGACAAAAGUGAUGAGAAGAAAGAACCAAGUACUUUCAGAUUUGCUAUUGCAGAGACUAAGUCUUUAGAAAAUAGCUCUGAUGGAAUAGAAACUGAGAAGAAAGAUCUUGAUCAGUCAGGUUUGUCAUAUCAGUUUAAUAAUCAAGUUAAUAUUAAUACAUUCAAUACUCCUGUAUAUGAUGACAGCUCAAAUAGUAAUUUAUUACAUAUAGAUUACGAAAGUGAUGUUAAUAGCAAAACAAACACAGAAACUAAAGCUCCUGAAGCUGACUAUUCUCAGGAUUCAAAGAAAGAAAGAAAAAUUGAAGAAAAGAGGAGCAGUCAUAAAAGUUCACAUAAUUCUAGAGAUUCGCACAGACAUUCCAGCAGCAAAGAUAAGCGUUCAGAUUCUAAGCAGUCUAAUUCUAGAGACAGCAGCAAACACGAUAAAAAAUCAUCGUCUUCUAAAGAUGAUCACAAAUCUAAAUCGAGUCAUAAAGAAUCAUCAAAAGAUAGAAGUGAUAAAAAAGAUAAUAGAGACUCUUCAAAACACAGAAGUUCCCACAAAAGUUCUAGUCAUAGAGAUUCUAAAUCACAUAAAAGUUCUAGUUCAAGUCAAAGACAUUCAAGUAAACAUUCUGAUGAUAAAAAGUCUUCGUCUUCCUCGUCUAGCCACAGGGAUAAAUCUGAAAAAAGUUCUGAAAAGAGUUCUAAGGACUCAAAAGAAAAAUCAUCUAAGGACUCUUCAAAAUCCAGUUCACAUCGGUCGGACAAAGAUCGAAAAAGUGGCAGUAAGAGUAAACACGAUGAUAAAGAUAAAAAGAAAGAAAAGAAGGAGACUGAUGAUCACUACAGUUCAUCAGGUAGAGGAAAUCAUAAUCGCCGGUCUACCGAUAGAGACUCAAAUGAUGGUAGCUCAUCGUCCAAAGGCUCGAAUAAUCCAUCUAGUACAAAAUCUACGGAAAGUAAGAAAGAUAACAAAGGUACUUCUAAAUCUGAUUCUACAUCUACAAGUGGAGAUUCUACAAGUCCUAGUGAUAAAGAACAUUGUGUAAAUGAAACGCAAAAUACGACCAAGGAAGUAAUGCAGCCGAAACUAAUAGUUAGAGUUGAACAUUUAGAAAUGCCAGUUGCUACGCCGCCACGAUUGCCAUUUGUACCUGAUGUAACCUUAAAGAAACCAAAAUACGCUGCUAAUUUAGAAGAAGCUAAAAAACUAAUGAAAAUGCGAAAGUUUUUAGACGAAGAACAGAAGAGAAUGAAUCAAGAAGCUGCUUUGCUUUUAGAGUUUCAAGCAAAUGUUCGACCAAGCUUAAGCCAGAUCUAUUCCAGUAUUCCUCCUGGCCCGGAAUUGGAAUUUGCUUGUGUUACUAAUCCUGUAGAAAUGGUUAUAGAAAAACAACAAACACCAGAAAGCUCUAAUAGUAGCGCAGAUACUUCUGAUGACUUAAAAACCUCAAUUCAGUCUGUUGAAACGAAGAACGAUGCUAUUAUAGAAAUUUUGACAGCCGCGCAGCAAGUGGAGAAUAUAGAAGAGCAAAAGCAACUACAAAUCCAGAAUAAUAACGAAAUAUUACAGAUGGUAGAAAAGGUUGAAGAUGAAGUAGAAGCUGAUGCAGACUCGAAAGCUACAGUUAAAAAAUUAGAAACCGUUGAAAAUAUUGAUAUUGCUGACAAAGAUACUUUGGAAAGAGAAGAAAAUGAUAAUAAAUCAGAUGGAAUUAGUGUUGAACUUGCUAUGGAAUCUUUGCAUGGUGAACUAUAUACACACAAUGAUUUUAAGAAAGAAACUGAAUCAAUGAUUAGUAAAAUAAAUACGAUAGAAAACAUCCAAAAAGAGCUAAAUAGCAAUAAAAGGACAGAAUACUUUGAAGUAACUAUUAUAACUGAAGAAUUGUCUGAAGCAGAGGAUUCGGUGGAUAGUACUAAAGACACAGAAAUAAAAACGAGUAUUAAAAAAGUAGAUGAAGAUAAUGAACACGCAGAAAUAGUAACAAAUAAUGUAAAAUCAAAAGAAAUAGAAUAUCAUACUGAAGAGCAUCAAAACAAAUUUAAAAUCGAUAUAUCUAACAGCAGUUCUGAUGAAAAGCUAUUACGAUACUUUAGAGAACAUGAAAAAUUUACUGCAGAAUUGGAAAGGGAUACAUUUAGCAAAUUUUUAAAAUCUUACACAGAUAACAUUUCCGUUAGUAAAAUGUAUUUAAUGAAUUGCGACACAUAUGAGGAAAAUAUUCUUAAGGAGAUAUCUCAGCAUUUUGGAAAAUAUAAAAUUGUUAACUACUAUAAAAAUGGUCAUUUUAAAAUGUCGAAGACUACAAAUAUUGUCAAAGACUUGAAUGUUUCUGGUGAAAUUAUUCUACCUAAUAUAGAUUAUUUUGAAAGUAAUACCAACAGAUCGCCAAUAUUUAGUCCAGUGAAAUCAGAAUGUUCAUUCGAACUUUCAAGUGAUUAUGAUGCAAAAUUAGAAGAGAUGGUAAAUAAGACAUCAAGAAAAGAAAUAAUGGAAAUUAUACUCGGUAAUAUUGCAGAUGAAUCGCCAACUAAAAUGCCUAAGAUUGAUUAUUGUUCUGAAUUAAAUAUAGAAAGUAAUAAUGAAAAUCCGUUGAAAAGGAAAUUUAAUGAAACUGAGAGUAUAAUUAAUAAUAAUAGACCGGUUUUAACUCCAAACAAGAUUAGAAAAUUAAGUGGAUCUGAUCAGAUUUCGUCAACUACUGAAGAGAAUGAAGAAUCUAGCAAUAAUAAUGUAUCAACAAAUGUUCGAUCGAAAUACUUAGGCAGAGCCAAAAGAGUUGGAUUACCACGCCCUAAGAGAACUAACUUACCCAACAGUCCAUCGAGCGACAAAUCUAUUGAGAAUUACGAACAAAAUACGCCAGUAUCUCAAACACCGAAUGGCAAGAUAAAAGAGACCCCCAGAAAUAAAGUACAGCGAUAUGAUACAUCUGACUUGUAUAAACCAAAACUACAUUAUUUAUCAAGAAGGAAUAAUAUAACUUAAAGUUGUAAUAUUCUACAUUUUAUUUAUAAAUUAGUUGUGAAAUAGAUUGAAGUCCAAGAUUUGACAAAAUUAUGCUAAGGCUAAAUCUCGUUUGGACAAAAUUGCGGAUAUUGGCUAGUUUUUGGAAUGACAUUGUUGGUUCGGAAAGAGAAAAUUUUGAGAUAAAAGUGCUAUGUUUAUUGGUUUAUUUGGAUAACGAAAAUGGCUAGAAAAAUUAUGAGUAGAUAACACCAUAGUUUUAGCUGAUCUUACAUUUGGUACAUUGGAUUGGAUAUUUAUUAUGUUUGAAAUACUCAGACUGCCAUGAAUAAAAACCAGCAGAUCUGAUAUAACAUGGAGCCAUGAUUAUUCUCUCUAAAGAUCUCUUGAUUGAAGAAUUCUAUAUUGAAAGUGGCGAAAAGUGAAAGCAAGUGUAAUGUUAAAGAUGUUUAGAACUCAAACACUCUUAAACAGCUGGAUAGAUUUGAAUAAUAUAUAAUACACAGUUGGAUUAUAACACAAAGGAUAUUUUUAAUCCCAAUUUAUGCGAGUGAAACCGCGGGACAUAGCUUGUAAAAUUCGGUGAAGUAUAUAGAUGUUUUUUAACUUACGGAUGUACAAAGAAUAUUUGGUGAUGAUUUGCUAGUUGCAAAUCGUUUCCCCUUUCUAUGGACUUCUGUUUAUCCUUUGAUAAAAUCAGGAUAAAAUAUCGUUUCGCUCGUCAGAUUUACAUUUACAGAAAAAUAACAGUAUAUUAUAAUACUAUAUAAAAUAAGAUUUUCGGAAAUUACUGCAAUCCCUCUAUAGCACAGAUAGAGAACAAGAAUAUAUAAUAUCUAAUAAAUUUAUAACUAUUACAGUAUCUAAGGUUUAUUUCUUUUUUUAACUCGCUACAUAAAGGGGUGUCUUCUAAAUUCUAUAUAUUUUUUUCCAAGUCUAUUAGAUGGUAUGUUCCUUUCAUUGUGAUGGAAUUUCAUAGCUGUGUUUGCAUGGCUGUGUUUCAGUUUGAAGGGUGGGAUAUGGUGUGAAUUCACAGGAUACAGAGGAAUAACACCUGAGUCCUCAGGAAUAGCAACGUUUGAGGGGUAUCAUGGGCGAAACAGUAUACUCUGUUAUGUCCAUCGUACUGCUCAUGUCUAUAGACGACAAUUACCACUUUCCAUCAGGUGGGCCGUCAGCUUGUUUGCCAUUCUGAGUUCUAUAAAAAAAAAAAAACAUAAUUCCUUGGUUGUUUUAGUUCAAAAUACAGUCUACUUAUAUUGUUAAUUAAAGAACUUCUUGUUAGUCAUUCAGUUGACUUUAAAAAAGAAGAAGUUUCCUAAAUCAGUUGUAUUAUUUUAGUUUCAGUACCCAUUAUUUAUAAAUCGCUUUGUGAAAUUAUUUUUUUUAUCUGAAAGGAUACACUUUCAAAU